AUGGAAGCAAUGCAAUUGAAUCACUGUCUCUCUCUCGAAUCAAUACCCUUUGUUAUUCCAUUCUCUCUUCUCCUUCAAUCCGCCUUUCUCCCGAUUCCCCCUUUCUCUCUCUCUAUACACACAUACGCCUUCUCUUUCUCUCUCUAAACUAUAUAUAUAUACAUUCAGUUGUAGUUAGGUGGCGAAACUGCACCUUUUUUCACAUUUUCCAAUUCCUCCCCGAAAUGCUCAAUCUAGAACGCCAUUUCCGAAGCUCGCUAUCACUUCACGACGAUCUGCGGAGUAACAAUUUUCGCACAGGCGGCUUGUUUCUAGAGGAAUCGCCUCCGCCGUCGUUUGUUUCGUUGAUUUCUCCGAAGAGCGCCGCGGCGGCGGCUGGGUGUUCCUGCCGACGGAGGGGAUUGGAUGGGGGUCGCCGGAGUAGCCGAGGGUUUAUAUCGGUGACGCUAUCGUCGAUUAACGGCGAUGGCGGUCGAGAGAGUUGCGGCGGGGGUUUGUCGGUGAGUAGUGUUUUGGGGAAUGUAGGGGAGAAGAAUGUGGAGAGUGAGAGUGAAGAUGAGAACGAGGUUUUGGUGCUGAAGGAGGUGGUUGGGGAGGAGAAGAAGAGCAGAGGUGGCGGAGGAGGUACUUUUAACACUGCUAGGCAUCUCUGGGCAGGUGCUGUUGCUGCCAUGGUUUCAAGAACCUUUGUUGCACCAUUGGAGAGAUUGAAGCUGGAAUAUAUAGUUCGUGGUGAACAACGGGCACUUCCUGAGCUUAUUAAAUCGAUAGCUGCUUCUCAAGGACUCAGAGGAUUUUGGAAGGGGAAUUUUGUCAACAUCUUACGCACAGCUCCAUUUAAGGCUAUCAACUUUUACGCUUAUGAUACCUAUAGAAAUCAACUGCUCAAGGUGUCUGGAAACAAAGAGACAACAAAUUUUGAGAGAUUUGUUGCAGGUGCUGCUGCUGGUAUUACUGCUACAGUGCUCUGUAUACCCAUGGACACUAUCAGAACAGUUAUGGUUGCUCCUGGAGGGGAAGCCCUGGGUGGAAUAAUUGGCACAUUUCGUCACAUGAUGCAAACCGAAGGAUUCUUUUCUCUGUACAAGGGUCUAGUUCCAUCUAUUAUUAGCAUGGCACCAUCGGGCGCCGUUUUCUACGGAGUAUAUGACAUAUUAAAAUCGGCAUUUCUACAUUCCCCUGAAGGAAGAAAGAGGCUUGAACAUAUGAAGCAACAAGGGAAUGGCUUAAAUGCUUUUGAACAGCUUGAGCUGGGUACUGUCAGGACUUUAGUAUACGGAGCAAUAGCUGGUGCCUGUGCUGAAGCUGCCACAUAUCCAUUUGAAGUCGUGAGAAGGCAGCUUCAGAUGCAAGUUCGUGCCACGAAGAUGGGCGCAUUGCAAACUUGCUUAAAGAUUGUCGAACAUGGUGGAGUUCAAGCACUCUAUGCUGGACUUAUCCCAAGCUUAUUACAGGUGUUACCAUCAGCUGCCAUUAGCUACUUGGUAUAUGAGUUCAUGAAGAUAGUUCUUAAAGUGGAGUGAAACUUCUCAGCUAAUUCAAUCUUAACUUGAUACUUGCGACAAUGGAUGCUCUCACUCGACGAAAACUCGACGACAUUUCUUUCUGAUCUGUUCUUGGUUUCACUGCUAAAGAAUGCUGGAUUUCAUUUCUGAAUAAGAAGCAUCCUUGAUGUUUUCUUGAGAUUCUUGGUUAAAGGAUGAUCCUUUGCCUCAAGGUGAAUUUAUCUAUUUGAGAAAAAAUUAUAAAAAUAAUUGAUAAAUUCGUACGGUAUGUUUAUACGGUAUAAGGCAUCCGAUUAUUGAAGAAAGUUAUUUGAACUGAAUGUUGUUUGUUGGAUUUAUUAGGAAAGGCGACCGAUGGUCAAUAUUGACAUUGAGUCAAUUUGGUGGUUGUGAUUUUCAAAA